CGUAGAAGACACAAAUAACUGGAUUGAAAACUUAAUUGCUAUAAAGUAGUAUAUAAUCGCAAAAGUAAAGUGAAUCAGUAAAUGAUACAAUAUAGGAAGUACAACAUCACGGAAAUAUUGACGUCGUUAUAGGAUCUCAUAAACAGAAAAAUUGCGAACGUUACUAAACCUACCUGUUUGUUUUGCUGGGAACAGCAUGCUGUGCAGUCGUCAUACUGCAAUAUAUUUGACGAUAAGGACACGCCCAGCAGAACGGCACCAGAUAGCAGCGGGAAAUUAUACGAAGAUCGUGACGACAAAAGUCCCUACCGGCAGCUGCUUGUGACGCCAUCGCUCAGUCGUAAAGGAGGGUCGAGAUCCUUGCAUCGUUCUACAUGGACGAUGAUGGGGGCUCACCACCUUUACGAAUCCUUUCGCCAAUCUCUUCAAAAAGUAAAAGUCACCAAUCUUCUUCUCUUCAUCUUACUUUUAUCGUCAGUCGAUUCUGCCAAACCACUUCGAUGUCAGGUCGAUAAAUGCAGCAACAAAUACCGUGAAACCAGUGAAACGCAAGAUGUUGAUGAAAAAUGUCGUCUGUUGAAUGCUCAUCGGAAUUGUCUUGAGAAAAUGGAAAUCCAAUGUCGCGGAAGUUUCAUGUAUCACACAAGUCUCACCGUCAAUGAAAGGGCAACGAAAGACUAUGGUUGUAUUAAUCGCAGCAGACAAAACAAAACAACGCAAAGUCUAAAAAUCAGUGUAACUUUGCUGGAAAGUCUAAAUACAAAUUUUGCAGUGUUUUUGGAGAUCCACAUGUACGUACGUUUUCUGACAAAUUUCAUACAUGCAAAGCGAAUGGUACGUGGACACUCAUCCACAACGAUUACGUCGUCGUCAAAGCCACUAACAGUCUGCUGCAGGGAGGAAUGGAAGCUACCGCUAUUUCAAAGCUGAUGGUUUUCAUCAAAGAUUCGGGUAGUUGCGCCCAGAAAAAGACCUACAUUGCGGAAGUGGGAGAACAACUUCCGGUUACGUUUACGGAUGGAACUCAACACAGUGGAGUAGAAAAGAGCGUAAAUUUGUCGGAAGUCGAAUUGGGAAAACAGAUUCAAAUCGAAAUCAGAUUCAUUGCAACGACAAUUGUAGUCCGAAACGUUGGCACACAUCUAUCAUUCUCUAUACAAAUGCCAGAAGAAAUCGUCAAGAGUCCGAUCGACCGAAAGAACCAAAUGUGUAUUCGCGGGUGUCCGAAAAGACAGCGCAUUCGUCUUACACAAGAAAUUGAACGACUCACACUUAGGCCUAAACCAGUGCCGAAACAACUGGUAACGUAUUCUGAACAUGAUGCUAGGAAAAGGUGCAGGGAUAUACUUCUCAAUGAAAGCAGGUUAGAGAUAGAAGAAGGAAAUAUUACGGAGACCAGAACAAAACGGAACGCCCCUGAAUUAGGAGAGAAAACUCCAAAUAAAAACCGAAAUCGGAGAAAGCAAAAUGGCAGGCGGGAACUUGACCCAGCCGCAACAACAUGGAUGCAAAUAUCGCAUUCGGACACGGAUGGUGACGACGAAUUCCUCAGGGCAUUUUCUAGAUCCAAGAAAAUCAAAAAACGAAAUCGUCACUCACCCGGACAUAGACGCAGAAGAAAAUUCAGAGAUGGACUCAUGCGAGACGAUCCGAGGCCAGGAUAUAAUGGCAAAAAGUGGACGUCGUGAGCGUGGAGGAGGCGACGCUAUCUCAAAUGUCGUACGUGGGAAGAACUUUUAUUUUGAAGCUUGCGUGUUCGAUUUGAUGACGACCGGCGAUAUUACAUACGCGUCGUCAGCACGUGGCGCAUUCAGUGACGUCACACGCUUCCAU